CGCUUAUAGGCUUCUCUUUUGUGCUCGGAAUAAAAUCAAGUUGCAAUGGGAGCAUUCAAAUUGCUGUUCAUGUGCAUUGGAUUUGCCACGACAGUCGACAUUUCUGUGAGAGUUCAAUUUAGAAGCAGUGCUGUGAUGACGUCAUACCGGAAUAAGGAAACGAUCACGGCAGAGAAUGAGGAAGAAUUGAGAAAAAAAUUGAAUGAAACACUGGAAAACGCGUUGCUGGAUAAACAGAUUGAUGAAGUCACCAUAACAACCAAAGUUUACCAUGGCAACAAGGUUUAUUCAACCCAAGUCACCAAGUUCGACGCAACAGCUCCAAAUGUACUGGAUGACACAACUUUCGUUACCGCUAAAAGUAACGACAACAGUAAAGCCGUAUUGUCCUCUACAACAAGAAGUACCAAAGAAGAUCAUGACGACAUAACAACAACUGUGAUUGAAAACGUGUUCACAAUUCGACCAAUCACUUCCAUUGCUUCCACUAGAUCCAUCCAGAAGUCGCCUGCGACUGCAGGUUAG